AUGGCUGCAAACAACGCUGUUGCUGAAGAAAUGGACCGACGUCUGAGGGCUAUUGAAGAUCUUGCAUUAGCACUUGGACAACAAAACGCCCAUCAGGCUAAUGCCGAGAAUACCAUUUUUAAGAGAGUGGCAUCUCAUCAUCCACCCACUUACAAAGGGACUAUCGAUCCAGUUGCUCUUGAAAAUUGGAUUCGCGACAUGGAAAAGCUGUAUGAAGUGACAAAUUGUCCCGAGAACAUGAAGAUUAGCAUUGGCUCAUUUUAUCUGAAAGAGGAGGCGGAUAGUUGGUGGUCCACGGUGAAGACGGGCUACAUAGCUGAAGAGGGAUUUAACUGGGAGAUUUUCAAGGAACGAGUCCGCAAUAGAUUCUACCCCGACGCAAUUAAGUGGCAGAAACAGGAAGAGUUUGCAAGGUUCAGGAUGGCAGGAAAGAUGACAGUGCAGGAGUACACUGACAAGUUCAUUGAGCUCUCGCGUUUUGCUUCAAAUCUUAUUCCUACGGAGAGGGACAGGGCACGUAAGUAUGAAAAAGGGCUGACAUUCAAAAUUCAGAAGUCCUUGGGAGGUAUACCAUCACAGACCUUCCAGGAAGCUUAUGAACGAGCUUUGAACAUUUUUGACAUCUUACAAACUGAAGAGGAAGUCAUGGAGAGGAACAAGAGAAAGCAAUUUGGCAGUGGUCCUCAGCAAGUUAGUGGUGAUAAGAAGCUUCGUUAUGAUAACAGGGGCAAUAAUUGGAGUGACAAACAACCACAGGGACAGAGGUAUGCUGACAGAGGUAAUUAUGGCGAGAAUCAACUCAAGAUCCAAGUUCAAGGAACAAAACCAUACUCUUGUAAAGGAUGCGGCAAGCAGGCACACCCUGGGAAGAGGUGCAAUGGAGAACUUAUAACUUGUUUUCAGUGUGGUGGCAAGGGGCACAAGGCUCACCAGUGUACUGCCAGGGGAUUCAAUCAGCAAUCAGGCUCUCAAGGAGGACAACCAAAACCAGAUGGAGGACGAAAUGGGAACAACAACCAAGGGGGUAGGAACAAUGACAAUCAGCCCCGCUACCAGCAGAACUUUCAAAAUGGAAAUAGAGGAAAUCGGCAAUAUGCCACUAUUGGAAAUCCCAACAAUGGAGCUGGAGCAGAUCGAGCAACAGGUCAGAAUGCUGCUAUUAAUCAAACCACAGGGAGUCAAGGAAGGAUCUAUGUCAUGAAUCACACUGAGGCUGCGGCAAACCCAGAUGUUAUUACAGGUACUUUCUUACUGCAGUCUGUACCUGCUUAUAUAUUGUUUGACACUGGUGCAUCGCUCUCCUUUAUUUCAUCCUCUUUUGUGGAGAAAACGAGAAUGGUACCAUCUUCUACCUUCUCAACCAAUAUUACUUUACCCUCUGGAGCUGUUGUCUCUUGCUCCAAUGUUUAUGAAAAUAUUCCGAUUAGUAUAGCUGGUUCUGAGCUACCAGCUGAUCUAGUCCAGUUUGACUUGGCGGAUUUCGAUGUUAUUUUGGGAAUGGAUUGGCUUAGCAAGUAUAGGGCUAAGCUAGAUUGUAGGGAGCAAAAGAUAUCUUUUAAGGGACCAAAGGGGAAGUACCUCUCUUAUAAAGGUGUUGUACCCAAACCUUCCAUUCAAAUAGUCUCUGCUAUGACUAUUAAGAGUUUACUUAUAAAGGGACACCCAGUUUAUUUGUGCAACGUACGCGACUUAACUCUCGAGGAGAAGAUUGAACAAAUACCCGUGGUCAAGGAGUAUGCAGAUGUUUUUCCCGAAGAGAUUCCUGGUAUGCCACCUAUUAGAGAAGUAGAGUUUGUUGUCGAUCUUAUGCCCGGUACUGCUCCGAUAUCAAAAGCGCCAUAUAGGAUGGCUCCGGCAGAAUUGAAGGAGUUAAAAACCCAACUUGAAGAACUGUUAAACAAGGGGUACAUAAGGCCGAGUGUUUCCCCGUGGGGAGCUCCAGUUUUGUUUGUGCGAAAGAAAGAUGGGAGUAUGAGGUUGUGUAUUGAUUAUAGGGACAAAUACCCAUUGCCAAGGAUUGAAGACUUGUUUGAUCAAUUGAAAGGAGCAGGUAUGUUCUCAAAGAUAGAUUUGAGGACUGGAUAUCAUCAAGUACGAAUCAAGGAAGACGACAUCCCAAAGACGGCCUUUCGUACCAGAUAUGGGCACUAUGAGUUUACGGUCAUGCCUUUUGGCUUAAAGAAUGCUCCGGCAGCUUUUAUGGAUCAGAUGAAUAGAACCUUCAAGCAAUACUUAGAUCAAUUCGUGGUGGUCUUCAUAGAUGAUAUUUUGGUGUAUUCCAUGACGAGGGAAGAGCAUGAGCAACAUCUGAGGAUUGUAUUGGAUAUUCUAAGAGAGAAUAAAUGGUAUGCAAAACUCUCAAAAUGUGAGUUUUGGCUGGAGAAGGUUGCCUUUUUGGGUCAUGUAAUAUCUCAAGAAGGAGUUUCUGUUGAUCCAGCGAAGAUUAAAGCUAUCACUGAAUGGCCUAGGCCUACAAAUAUUGCGGAAGUCAGGAGUUUUCUCGGUUUGGCAGGUUAUUAUAGAAG